AUGCAGUCCGAGUUGGCGCGAAUGGCUGCUGUUUACGAGAAGCAAACGAACGUUCUGCGCCGUCGGGCAGAAGCAGCAAAUGCAGCUGAGAGUCGUCUCAGGGAGGUGCUUCAACGUCAGCGAGACGUUAAGCAGGAGCGUCAGGAAAGAAAACUUACAUCUUCGAAUGCCAAUGGAAAUAUUUCGGGUGGAUUGCCUCGGCCGUAA